UUGCAAAAAUGAACUUUUUUGGUAUCUUUUUCGAUUUUUGAAUGAGAUUUUGUUGAGAAUGCUCAAGUUCAUGCAUCUUGUCUUUUUUUGAAUUAAUAAACACUAAACAGACACCACGCAACGCAACACGGUUCACCUUUUCGUCUUUGUAUUUCGUAAUUCUAAUAAAUAUUCGAUUUAUUUUAAUUUUAUAUUGAAAAAGUGGUACUCAAGACGGUCGAGACUCUAUUUUUGUGCUAAAAAGUUUUUGUAAAGUUUACGUAUCCAAUAAAAAUACAUAUCACCCAGAAUCUUAUCUAUCCCCAGAGUAAAGAAGACCAAAAAGAUUAAAUGGUCAUCGUGUUGAAGUUGAUAAUCAGCUCAAAAUAAAACAAUCGAAAAAUCAUCCUUAAAACUCAAACUGUACCUAAUUAGCUACCUUAAUGUAAUAAUUUGUUGUUGAAAUUUGACAUAAAAAAUCCAAUUGGAAGCAGCAGAGUUUUUACACAAAAGUUUGUCCAAAUCAACAAUAAAUCAAUUUAUUAUAAAUAAAUAUAAAAUACAAAGCUCCACUCUCUAAUAUCUAAAAAAAAAAACACAAACAAACAUACAAACAUACAAAAUGCUUCGUGGCGCAGCUAAUCCCGCAUUGAAACUUAUCCUUGGCCUCGGUCUUUGCACUGUUGGUGGUGCCAUGUUAUAUAUUUAUUUUAAAAAUCGUGACGACGAAGAAGAUGAUCUCGAGAAAAAAAUCCGAAAACCACGAUCAACAUCAGGAACAGCAGCAGCACCUAUUCAAAAAGAAGUUAAAAUUCAAAUGACAAUUGGCAAUGAAUAUAUACCCUUGGUGGUUGGACGUGCUGGAGCGAAUCUAGCUCGAAUUGAAGAAAGAAGUAAAACUACUAUUCGAUUUAGGGACAAAGAUGACAUAAGUAAAUUAUGUGAAAUUCGUGGUUUUCCGUUGGCAGUGAAAGAAGCAAAACAAAUGAUUCUUAAAGACAUCGAACGCUCUCCGAUUGUUAAGGAGGAGAUCUUUGUGCCACAAAGUGUUUGCGGAAAGAUAAUCGGGCGUUGUGGUGAAGCAAUGCAGGAAAUCUGUCGCCAAUCAAUGGCCAAAGUUUCUGUUGAUUCUGGCGGACGCAAUGGUGGUAUCAAUAAACGACGUAUUGUCAUCACUGGCAAUCGGUCACAAGUUAACAUAGCUCGUAAAUUGAUUGAGGAUAAAAUUCAAGAAGAUGAAGAUCUUAAGAAAUCCCUCGAAGAAGUCGAACUAACUCGAGAACCUCGACGCAGUCCCACCAAUAGUAUGUCGUCAAGUAUUUACUCGUCACAAACCUCGCUCAACUCACAAUUGCUAUCGCCACGUGAGAAACUAUGCACGAGUGAAUAUGAGAAACCAUUGGAAGUGUAUGUUUCGGCAAUUGCAUCACCAGGUAAAUUCUGGGUUCAAUUGAUUGGACCCCAAUCGAAGAAACUUGACAAUCUGGUCAAAGAAUUGACUGACUAUUAUAAUGUUGCCGAAAAUCGUGAAAUGCACACCAUCACGGAGCCCUAUUUGGGGCAAAUUGUAGCGGCUGUCUUUAAGUAUGAUGGCAAAUGGUAUCGUGCGGAGAUUGUGGGCAUCCUACCAAAUGAAUACAACGCAAAUGAAGUGGUUUUGGAUUUGUACUUUGUGGAUUAUGGGGACAGUGAGUAUUGUUCUCCUCAUGAAGUGUUUGAGUUGCGAACGGAUUUCCUUACCCUAAGAUUCCAAGCUAUUGAAUGCUUCUUGGCAAAUAUUAAAUCAACGCUACCCAAUGAUCCAGAAACAUGGGAACAGCAGUCGAUUAUAAGAUUUGAAGAAUUGACACAAGUUGCAAAUUGGAAGAAACUGAUCUCUAAAGUAGUCACAUACAAAGAUCGCCCCAAACCCGGAAAUCGUUCAAAAAGAGAAGGUUCUCCUGUCCCUGGGGUUGAACUUUUUGAUUUAUCCGAUGGUCAUGAGGUCAGUAUAAACAAUUUACUUAUAUCGAAUGGACUCGCAUUACCCGAAAAUGGAAACGAAGUUUUACGACUUGGUGGUGGAGAUUCACCUAUGUCCAGUCCAAGAACAAUUUCAUAUGAAAGUAUUCCGACCCACAACGAAGAUUUUCCCGGAAAGAACGCAGCCUACACAAAUGGAAAUAAUUCACAACUUGUUAAUAACCUACAUGAUAAAAACAAAUCUAUAAAUCCUAAACAACAACAACUACAGCAAGUAGAAGGCGAUUACUUUAAUGGCAACUAUUCAGUUGACAGUGAUUUAAAUUCAAAUGGGAAAAGUAGAUUUAACAAUUCGAAUGGACAGUGGAAGAAUGUUUUAAGUUAGACAUGUUUAGAUAUUCAGUUAAAAGAAACUAACAGAAAACGCAUAGUUUUAAGUUUUAAUUUUCUAUGACUUGUAAAUAUAGUUGAUGUAAUUUCUUUUACUUUUCUUCUAUCCUUCUUCUUCUUUAAAUUCUAUGUUCUCCAAAUCUAUGAUUUCAUAAAUUAUAUUGUAGAACCUUAAAAGAUACAUGUAUAUCUAAAUUAUAAGUUGACUUAUAAAAUUAUUAUAGUUUUAGAGUUUAUAUUUUUAAAUUAUUUUUACCAGAAUUAAGGUAAAUAAUCUUAUGAAAACAAAACCCAAAACAAAAUAAAGCUGAAUGCAAAAUUAUAAUUUUUUGAAUUCGAAA